AUGGAUCUUUCUAUCCAUGUUCGGAGAAUGAAAUUUAUGCAAAGGGGUCAAUCUGAGGAAACAAAUAAAUCACUUCAAGAGACAAGUGGGAAAAUAAUAAAUGAUGAACAAUGGGAAAUUGAGUUGCCAACUUUAUCUGAGAAAUGCAGUAAAUAUGACACAAUAGAUAUAACAGAACUAUGUGAUCUCAGAUAUGGACGAAUGUCAUUCCAAGGUUUUAAUAAACUAACAGAAAAAAUGACAAAAUAUUGGAAUAAUGAAGCAGUUGAAGAUGAAGAAAGAAAAUCUGAUGAAGAUAGUAUUGGUUCAAUAUCAGAUGAGGAAAUGGCAGACAGAUUUACUACUCUAGUUGGAACCGUUGCAAAAAAAUAUCUUAAUAAGAAAAAAGUACCGAAACGUUCAAAAGGCAAACGAAAAUUAAUUGACACAGAAAAAGGAACUUUUGAUGCAAAGCAAAGAAAACAAGAUUCGUCAUCAUUUUUUAUUAAACCUGCAGAUGACUAA